AUGAUUAAAUUUAUUCUGAUAAUUAUUUUGUUUUUGUUUAUUCUAUUUAAUAUUCAAAGUGAAGGAGAAUUAAUUCAAGUUAAAGUCAAAAUUAAAGAUGAUUGGAAAGGAAAAAGAGAAUUUAUUUAUUUAAAAAAUUUUGAAAUAAAAAAGCGUUUUGUUUUGAAUAAAAUUGAAAAGAAUAAUAAUCAAUUUGCUAGCUUUUAUAGAAAUAUAGAUGGAUAUUUGAGUUUAAUUGAAUUAAAUCCUGAUAGAAAUAUUUUUAAAGAAAUUAAGUAA